AUACUAUGAAUAUUUUUUGUGGCUCUUUAACGUUUACGUCUUCGGAAGCGAGCGGGGGCAAAGUUCAAACACAGCGAGGCAAGAUGGCGGCGUCCUGUGUCAGUCUGCUGCCGGUGGUUUUGCUCUUGUUCUGUUUGAGUGCUCAUGCUGUGGACCGCAGCAACUUUAAAACAUGCGAUCAGAGCGCUUUUUGCAAACGUCAGAGGGAGCUAAAACCAGGUCAGUCUCCAUAUCGAGCUCUGUUAGACACAAUGGAGCUGAGUGACUCCAGACUUACUUUACAGCUCAUCAAUGACAACAACAAGGUUCGCUUGUUGUUGGAGCUGUACAGGCUGCAGGGAAACAUGACCCGUCUGAAGAUCAAUGAACUUAAACCUCUUAAACCUCGAUAUGAGGUUCCAGAUGUGCUCAUCGCUGAACCGCUUACUGAACCUCUGUCUGUGGUGGUUCAGGAUGAGAACGGUCUGGUUUUGUCUCUGGGUGGACCUGAGCAACGGCUCAUCGUAAACGCUCAGCCGUUCCGAUUGGACAUCAUGGAGGGUCGUCAAGUGCUCGUGUCCAUCAACUCCCGUGGCCUGCUGGCCUUCGAGCACCUCAGAGCACGCAAGGACACUAUCUCACAUAAAAUAAGUAGCACUGUUGGUAACAUGUGGGAUUCGCUCAAGAGCAUUUUCUCUAGUAAAAGUGAAUCUGAUUCAGAGGAAACAGCAGGACAGGAGAACGUGGCCACACAAACAGAUGAGAUAAAAGAAGAACAGGACAUGCCGGGAAUGUGGGAGGAGACAUUUAAAUCUCACAGCGAUUCAAAGCCCAAUGGUCCAUCAUCUAUUAGUUUAGAUUUUUCCUUACCGGGUGUUGAACACGUCUACGGUAUCCCUGAACACGCAGACACGCUCAAACUGAAAAACACAGAUGGAUCAGACCCGUACAGGCUGUAUAACCUGGAUGUGUUCCAAUAUGAGCUUCACAACCCAAUGGCUCUUUAUGGGUCAGUACCAGUACUCAUAUCUCACAGUGUCGAGCGCACUAUGGCUCUGUUUUGGCUCAACGCAGCAGAGACGUGGGUCGACAUCAGCUCCAGUUCUUCAGGACAGAUGAUGUUUGGAAAAAUGCUGGACUUUGUUCAAGGCCCCAGUGAAGGACCUCAAACAGACAUCCGCUGGAUAUCCGAGAGCGGCAUUAUUGAUGUUUUUAUUAUGCUGGGACCCAAACCCACCGAUGUCUUCACUCAGUACGCUUCACUUACAGGCACUCAGUCAUUUCCUCCUCUGUCAGCAUUGGCGUACCAUCAGUGUCGCUGGAACUACAACGAUCAGGAGGACGUUAAGAGUGUCGAUCAGGGUUUCGAUGAGCACGACAUCCCGUACGACUUCAUCUGGCUGGACAUCGAACAUACAGACGGAAAGCGUUACUUCACUUGGGACCCCAUCAAGUUCCCCCAGCCUAAAGAGAUGCUGCAGGGAUUGAUGGACAAGAGACGUAAGCUUGUGGCUAUCGUGGAUCCUCACAUUAAGGUGGACAGUGGCUACAAGGUUCACAAUGAAAUUAGCUCCAGAAAUCUCUAUGUGAAGAACAAAGAUGGAGGAGAUUAUGAGGGCUGGUGUUGGCCAGGUAAUGCGGGUUAUCCUGACUUUACCAACCCUGACAUGAGAGCCUGGUGGAGCAGCAUGUUUGCCUACGAUCGGUAUGAGGGUUCGAUGGAGAAUCAGUACGUGUGGAACGACAUGAACGAGCCAUCUGUGUUUAAUGGGCCUGAGGUGACCAUGCACAAAGAUGCUGUUCAUGGUGUCUGGGAACACAGAGAUGUUCACAACCUUUAUGGUUUAUAUGUGCAAAAGGCGACAGCAGAUGGUUUGAUUCAGCGUUCAGGAGGUGUAGAGAGACCGUUUGUCCUCACCCGAGCGUUUUUCGCCGGGUCCCAGCGUUACGGUGCGGUGUGGACAGGAGAUAAUGCAGCUGAAUGGGGUCACCUGAAGAUCUCCAUCCCAAUGUGCUUGAGUCUGGGCUUAGUGGGGAUCUCGUUCUGUGGAGCUGAUGUCGGCGGAUUCUUCAAGCACCCCAGCACUGAGUUGUUGGUCAGAUGGUACCAAGCAGGAGCAUACCAGCCCUUUUUCCGUGCACAUGCUCACCUGGACACUCCUCGCAGGGAGCCGUGGCUGUUCGGUCCAGAGAACACGGCUCUUAUUUGGGAUGCGGUGCGUCAGAGAUACGCCCUCCUGCCGUACUGGUACCAGCUCUUCUACAAUGCACACCAAACUGGACAACCUGUUAUGAGACCUUUAUGGGUGGAAUAUCCUGAAGAUGUCACCACUUUUGCUAUUGAGGAUGAGUACUUGCUCGGGAAGGAUCUCCUGGUCCACCCCGUUACCGAUGAGGGUGCUACAGGUGUUACUGUAUACCUGCCCGGGAAAGACGAGGUUUGGUUUGAUGUUCACACCUUUGAGAAGCACAGCGGCGCUCUGAGCCUCUAUAUUCCUGUCACUAUGAGUACUAUCCCAGUUUUUCAGCGAGGAGGAUCUAUUAUCUGCAGAAAGGACCGUAUAAGGAGAUCUUCCUCUUGUAUGGACAAUGAUCCGUACACCCUGUACGUGGCUCUCGGUUCUCAGGGCUCUGCUCAAGGAGAGCUGUACAUCGAUGACUUCCACACAUUUAACUUCGAAAAAAAUCAGUUUAUCCACAGACAUCUGUCUUUCUCGGCCGGGACACUUUCCUCGUCAAAUCUGGCACCAGACUCUCAGUUCUCCACGGGCUCUUGGAUUGAGAAGAUUAUAAUUUUCGGAGGCGUCCAGCCGUCCUCUGUCACCCUGACGAAUGCAGAUGGCACCAAGUCGGCUUUAGAGUUUGAAUUUGAUUCUGCGACAGCAGUCUUAACCCUGCGUAAGCCGGGAGUCAACGCAGCAGCAGACUGGAGCGUGCAUCUGCGAUGACGUCACCAUAAAUGCGCAGUCAGAAGAACGAACAGCACUUAAUGUCACAUGAUGACGUAAAGAGUUAAUCAGACCAAACUAAGAAAGUUUAAGAGUAUGAAUUUUUUGGAUAGGGGUGUUUUUAAGAUGUUGUACAGCAUGAAUCAGUGAUAUCGGUUUGAAUGAAGGGGACCAGUAUGUUAGAAAAAAAACUUGAUCAUGUGUUUUCACUUGACAAACUGCAAAUAGUAGCAGUUUUCCUUUAAAUUAGCAGUUGGGUGAUUGGUUGGUUGAGGAUGUAAUUAUUAUAGGUUUUGUCCAAGGUCGUGAAGUACUUCCAGGACUUCAAAACCUUUUACACUAAGAUAUUGUAUUGCGUCCAUGUUAGGUGUUUCAAGAAGAAAAAGGUUGAAUAAAAUUAUGGUAAUUCAAAAAUA